AUGAAUCGAGGUGUUCUAAACAGUGCAGCAAACUCUUCUGCCCCGAGUGUUGGAGCCAGCUCGCUCGUCACUGAUGCUAACUCAUCUCUCUCAGCGGGCCCUCACCUACAGAGGAGUGCCAGCAUCAAUACGGAAUCCUACUUGCGCCUUCCUGCGUCACCCAUGUCCUUCUCCUCCAACAAUAUCUCAAUGGAUGGCUCUUCAAUGGUGCAGCAGAGCUCCCUCCAAGACCAAAUGCAGAAACAGGGAGCAUCAACGGCUACGUCUCAGUCUACAUCACAGGAGGGGGGCAAUGUGUUUCAGCUGCAGAAGAAAGCAAGGUUGGAUGUGAGACAGGAUGAUAUACUCCAGCAGCAGGUCAUGCAACAACUGUUGCAGAGACAGGAUUCCUUGCAGGUGCAUGGCCAGAUGAACCCACAGAUGCAAAACCUGAUCCAGCAGAGGCUACUACAGCAGCGGCAGCAGCAGCAGCAGCAGCAACAGCAGCAGCAGCAACACCAGCAGCAACAGAUGUUGCAGUCUCUUCCACCAAUGCAGCGAGCACAACUUCAGCAACAGCAACAGCAACAGCAGCUGCGGCAGCACCUACAGCAGCAGAUGAUGCAAGCACCUCAUUUGAGACGCCCUUUUGAUAGUGGUGUAUGUGCCCGCCGCCUAAUGCAGUAUCUCUACCACCAGCGUCAUCGACCACCGGUGAGCCAAUGGCUUUUCUUCCAUAAAAAUUCCUUUAUAUUCUCGAUAUUCUUUGACCUCUAAUUUUUGCAAGGGCACUUACUUUUUUCCUCAGGACAACAAUAUUCUCUACUGGAGAAAAUUUGUGAACGAGUACUUUGCUCCUCGUGCGAAGAAAAGGUGGUGUUUAUCACUUUAUGAGAAUGUUGGGAACCACGCCCUUGGGAUUUUCCCUCAGGCAGCCAUGGUUAGUUCAUUUCUGUCUGUAACCAUGCAUAUUUUUACUUGUAUUAAGCUUUAGACAUAGUUCUCCCCAAAUAGGUACAACCAUAUUUUUCUCUGCUUUGCUGUUUUACUGUCAAACAUUUGAGUGUUCAUCAUAUGUGAAUGCAUGUAUAAAUGUGUGCGUAUUAUGCCCUCGCAAGUCAUUUCUACUUUGGGUUUCGAAUUAUCUCAGAAUAUUCAGUGACGUUGUUACUUGAUCGUCGCAGGAUAUAUGGCACUGUGACAUAUGUGGUUCAAAAUCUGGCAAGGGAUUUGGUUAGUAAAUUCCUUCACCCAAAUAAUAUUUUUCGAACUCUUUCUAUGGUGUACGAAAACUUGCCUAGAUUCCUUCUAAUUGUGAUGAACUAUUGAGCAGGAUUUUUUUAAAGGUAAAGCUUAGGAACGGGCACAAUGUCCUUGUAACUCUGUUAAACCACUUUAUAAGAAAUAUCCCAUAUUGCGUUGGUUUAGUGUGUAGCUGUUGGUACGUCGGUGGAUAACAGUUUGUAGUUUUUCUUCCUUUCUAUUUAUGUAUCAUUUGCAAGACGUUUUCCUCCGAUUUUGUCAUCAUUGUAGCUUAUUCUCUUAACUAUUCUCCACUGAUGAUUUAUUAUUCUAGCUGACAGGUUGACUGCAGGUUACUGGUUCAAUAUAUGCAUAAAAAUUGUGUUUUUUUUUCGGGGGUUGGGGGUGUUCCAGGGUGGUUGAAGGAGGUAUUGCUGUAAUCCUAGGUUUUAUCCCCCAUAGCUCGUAAAUCUAAAUCGUUAGUGUUUGAUGUUUUUUUUAAUGUUUUUGGACAUUUUAUUUUAUUGAGAGCGUGCCCAUGUAUUUUUUUUUUUCUUGAAUUUCCUUUUCCUGAUUCAGUGGAAGAAAGUCACUCACUUGAGUAUCUUCUUCAGUUGACUCAAUAAUCAUGUAUUCCACAUUGCUAUUAUUAUGCCUUCUGAUUAUAUGGAUAAUGUGGGCAUAAUUAGAUGCUGAGAGAUAUGCAUAUACGUUGAAAUUUUCGGUCAGAGAAUUUUUCUACCUUGAAAUAAAAUGCUUCCUGAAGUGACGUGAUCCUCUUGAAGUCCUUUUUAUGCCUUCCUAUUACGCGGAUAAUGUGCAUAUAGUUCCAAUAACUAUUAGAUAAUAUUUCAUUUUCUCUUAUAUUUCUUUUUUUCUGGCACGUGUAGGGUACAGGAAUAUAGCUUUCAGAAAUCUGAAUUGAAUGCAUUUUCUCAUUUAUAAAUUCGUAUAACCAAAUGAAUUGAAGGACCUUUACACUGUACUUUCUAGUUUUCUAAAAUGUCAGUCUUUAACGUUCUUUAAGGUAAUUUGCGAUCUUAUCAAGGGAUUUUUCACAUUCUUGCCUCUUGUACGGUUAAUUUCAUCUUGCUUAGAUAUUCUGCUCAGCUAGUCCUUUGUUUUGCUACUGAUUCACGUUUUUUGGAUUUUUCUUUGAGACAGAGGCUUCUUUUGAAGUGCUUCCCAGACUUAAUAGGUUCAAGUUCGACAGUGGUGUUGUCGAUGAACUUCUGUUCCUCGACAUGCCUCAUGAAUAUAGAUUGGCUUCUGGAAUCUUGUUGUUGGAGUAUGCGAAGGCAACUCAGCAGACCGUCUACGACCAUCUACGUGUUGUUCGUGAGGGUCAGUUACGCAUCAAAUUUACCACAGACUUGAAGGUUUGCAUUGCUUUCUCCCCCUCCCUCAACCUCGAAUCUCCAUUUUUUUUCAACCAAGAAAUGCCGAUUCAUUCUGGAUUCUAGUUUCUCUGGGUUAAUAUAUGAAGCAUACAUUAUCUUCUUAUUCUUCAGAUACUGUCUUGGGAGUUUUGCGCCAGACGCCAUGAAGAGCUCCUGCCUCGGAGAUUGGUAGCUCCUCAGGUAUCUUGUAUCUUUACCAUCUGUGAUAAAAAAAUCCCUCCCUAUGAUAAGAUUCAGGGAGCGUAGUGUCCUUGCGGGAGUUUAUUUUGGGGGGGCUCAGAAAUCAUCCAAGUUACUCUUCAAUAAAUUACGCUCUAUUUAUUAUAUGAUUUUUUUGUAGUCUCUAGAGACUAUCUGUUGAAGUGAUUCACUCCUAAAAUAGUUCUUCAUACUUGCUCUGGUGUUUGUAGCUUCAAGUAAAAGCACUCGAAUUAGGCAAGGAUUGUAGGUAGAGUCCUUUUGGAUUUCUGUGCAAGUAUUCUCCAGGAAGAUCUCUAUUGUUUUGUUUUCAUUCUAGGGGAGAUAAAAAUCGGAAACACGUUGUGUUCCAUAUCCUUCCAUGUGAUCUGAUCCCUCUUUGUAACGAUGGACCACACAGCAAGCUUCCUCAAAGUAUCUCCUUCUAUUAUCUCCUGGAGAAUUGGAAUAAGUUCUACAGAUUCAUUGAGAAUCUUUUUAGAAGAAGUUUUGAGAUUUCAGUGCGACUCUCUCCCUUCUAACUAUCCUCCCCAGUUCUUAGUUUCUCAGAGAUUCAUUCGAUCCAUAUGUAGACCGUUCAUUUAGUUGACUUCAGAGAGAAAGGAUUAUGGUUCCUCAGUGAAGAUCCUGGCAGUGUGAACACUCACGCAUAUGUCAAAAAUGUAUCUUCCUCCUUGAUUUUAUUUUAUUCCCUUCAAUCAAGUUGCAUCGAAAACGUUGGGGUGGAGGGUUACUUUCCAUUUUAUUCCUUAAUUAUGUAAGUAUAUUUUUCUCCUGAUUAUAAUCAAGAAAAACACGCCUCUUCUUUUCUUUUUAACUCAGGUGAAUCAGUUGAUGCAAGUAGCCCAGAAGUAUCAUGCUAUUGUGACUGAAUGCGGAUCUUCUGGUGUCUCUCCUCAAGACUUGCACACGAACUGCAACUCGUGAGUUACUCCGAUGAUAUAUAUUUCCUUGGUAAAUUUAUUUUUUUAUUUCGAAUAAUUUACCAGCUCGUUGCCCGGACAUGAUCUGGCUAUCGCCACAGCAAGAAGUUUUUUUCAGCUUUUCUGGGUGUUGGGUAUUCCCAUGAACUCGUGAUUCGGUUCAUUUAUUAGAUUACUAAAUUAGCAGAAAAAAGUUCCAGGAGACCUCAAAGCUAUCUAAAUCAUUCCUAAUUAUGCUUUGCCGUGGGAUUUGAUUUAUCUGCAGAUGGAUCAUGCUCAGCUAUGAUUAUUGAAAUAAUUCUCUACGGUUGUUCUUAGGUUCAUGGCUGUCACACGCCAGCUAACAAGAAAUCUGGAGCUCCAGUCAUUAAACGAGCUGGGAUUCUCGAAAAGAUAUGUACGAUGCUUGCAGGUAAUCCAUGAUUCAUCUCACUAAUUGGGCCAUCAAUGGAAAGUAAUCACGGCAUUUUAACUUUUUUUCCAGAGUUAUAUAAUGAUCCUUGUCAUUGAAUGGCUGUGUUUCACAGAUAUCUGAGGUGCUGAAUUCCAUGAAAGAUUUGAUCGACUUCAGCCGAGACCACAAGAUGGGUCCCAUCGGUAUCAUCCUCUAUGCUCUCAUUCUAAGCUCUUUGUUGGCAUCAUUGCCAUCAAUGGAAAAUAAUUUUAUAAUAUUUUUCUCAUGAUCAAGCUCAUGGGUAGUUUUAGAAGGCAGCGAUGCUGGGAGAUGUGAUACGGGUGUAGGUCAUAUCCCAUCUGGAUGCUCAUCACUGCAUGAUUUCGAUGCUGGAAAAAAGUCAACGGUCCCAGUUCAGUAUGGUCAAAUUCAGUGCCACUGGUCUGACCAGAGUUUUUUUAAUCUUUUAUAUUAAAUUAAAUAGAAAGCAGAAAAAAUGUUCAUAAUCUUGUUGAGUAGCCAAUCCAUCAUAGCUUUGACUGCCCCAUCCAGAUAGGGUUCGACUAAAAUGCUUCGACUUUUGGGGAAUCAUCAAAAGGGUCGAUCAGCUGAUUACUGUUCAUCUACCUGCAGAGAGUUUGAAGAACUAUCCUCGCCACGUGUCGAUCAAACCCCAGAAUCAGAGGAACCAAGCGGCCGAACAGCUGCUGAACUCUCAGUCAACCUCGGACCCGAAUGCCCUGAGCAAGAUCAUGGCAGCCCAUCCCUCUCUGAGCGACCACAUGAUGAACAACAGCAGCAGCAACAACAACAACAACAACAACAACAACAGCAACAGCAACAACAACAACAACAGCAGCAACAAUGACGGCAAUCUCUCUGGCAUUCGAGGCCCCAAUGGCUCUGGCCAGGAAGCGAUGUCAUUGAGCAACUACCAGUCCUUGCUGAGGCAGAACUCUGUGAAUUCAAACCCUAAUGCCCUCCAGCCCGACAUGACCUGCAACUACAGCAGCGGCCUGAGCCAGUUGCAGUCGUCCGUCUCCUUUCAGAGCCCAACUGGGCCUCUCAUGGCGGGGCCGCUGAAGAACCCCUCUGUCAGCUACCUGCUUGGCUCCCAUCAGCGGCAAUUACAGCAGAUGCCCAAUUCUCUGCCCACCCAGCAGAACAACAAUCCACAGUCCUCUCAGGGAAAUCAAAAUCACCAGUUGCAGCAGCAGCAGCAGCAGCAGCAGCAUCUGGUGAUCCAGCAGCUGCUGCAGGAGAUGAUGAGCAGCAACAGGGGUGGGGGCAUGCCGCAGCAGACCAUGAACGGUCCCAUGAUGGGGGGGGGCAUGCCGGAGGAGGCGUAUGGCGGUGGAAUUGGCGGCCCAGGGGUCUUCCAGGGCAGGGCAGCGGGCUCUAUGCAGAAUGUGAGCUUCAACAAUGGCGGCGCCGCAUCGAACAACAACGCCAUGGGGAUUCUUCUGAGCAGGAACAGCAGUUUCAAGUCCAUCUCCAGCAACCCGGCGCCGCCCAUGGGCGGCGGCGGCGGUAGCGGCAGCUUCAGCAUGAGGGCCGACGUCUCCCCGGCCAUCAACCUUCCGGACCUGGUGCAUGAGAUCUCCAGGGAGUUUGCCGACAGUGGGCUGUUGAACGGCGAAGGCAGCGGCGGUGGCGGCGACAUUGGCUACGGAGGGAAGUCAUGA